UGGCAACACUGUUCGAAUCUUCGUAGUUCGUUAACUUAAAUAACUUCGUUUAUCAGUCAGUCAUCGGCAAAAUUUAGCAGUGGGUGGUGUGUGUCUCGUCUUGCCUCACGUUUGGCGUUCGGAAUAUUCAGUCAGUCAGUCUUUCAGUAUCCUGAUAAAAAAUGCCUGCUCAAAUACCUGAAACUCUUGCCAAUAUUUUUGCGCACAUUGACAGUAACCAGGAGAAGUAUGUGGAAACUCUGCGAGAGGCUGUGGCCAUCAAGUCGGUGUCAGCCUGGCCUGAAGCUCGACCUGAAAUAAAGAAAAUGGUUGAUUGGACACAGAAAAAGCUUGAAGCUCUUGGUGCCACUUGCGAGCUUAAAGAUGUUGGCAUGCAAACCCUGCCCAAUGGCAGUCAGAUCCCUCUGCCUCCUGUUUUGUUCGGUCAGCUGGGUACUGACCCUAAGAAGAAGACUCUCUGUGUGUAUGGUCAUCUCGACGUACAACCAGCCUUAAAAGAGGAUGGCUGGGACACCGAGCCCUUCGAGCUCAUAGAGAAGGACGGGAAGCUUUACGGCCGCGGCUCCACGGACGACAAGGGUCCCGUCAUUGGCUGGGUGCACGCCAUCGAAGCCUUCCAGAAGACCGGAGCUACACUGCCUAUUAAUAUCAAAUUCGUGCUGGAAGGCAUGGAAGAGUCUGGCUCAGAGGGACUAGAAGAGCUUCUAGUGGCAGAGAAGGACAAGUUCCUGGCCGGCACGGACUUUGUUUGCAUCUCAGACAACUACUGGCUGGGCAAGAAAAAGCCCUGCCUCACUUAUGGUCUACGGGGGAUCUGCUAUUUCUUCUGUGAAAUCGAGUGCUGCUCCAAGGACCUGCACUCUGGGGUGUUCGGCGGCACUGUCCACGAGGCGAUGGUCGACCUCAUGUACAUGAUGAGCCAACUUGUCGAUGCCAAAGGAAAAAUUCUUAUUCCAGGGAUUAUGGAUCAGGUUGCCCCUGUAACACCAGAGGAAGAAGGGCUCUACAAAGAUAUCGACUUUGACGUUGAGGACUACAGGAACGAUAUCGGCGCUGCGAGACUUGUUGACCACAAGGAUAAGAUGAAGACGCUGAUGGCUCGCUGGAGGUUCCCCUCUCUCUCUAUCCACGGCGUGGAGGGCGCGUUCAGUGAGCCCGGUGCCAAGACUGUCAUCCCGCGCCGCGUCGUGGGCAAGUUCAGCAUCCGUAUCGUGCCCGACCAGACCCCUGAACACGUCACCAAGUGCGUCGUUGACUACAUGGAGCAGCUGUGGGCCAAGCGUGGCAGUCCCAACACCAUGAAGGUGAGGGAGAAUGAAGGUAGCGCGCCCGCGUGGGUGUCCGACACGCGUCACCCUCAGUUCACCGCCGCAGCGGCGGCCACCUUCACAGUGUACGGCCAACGGCCUGACAUGACACGAGAAGGAGGCUCUAUACCCAUCACCAUCACACUCCAGGAGGUGACUGGCAAGAACGUGCUGCUGCUGCCCAUGGGCGCCUGCGACGAUGGUGCCCACUCCCAAAACGAGAAGAUCAACAGGACUAACUAUAUUGAAGGGACGAAGCUGCUAGCGGCGUAUCUGCACGAGGUCGGGCAGCUCUGAGCCGUAGUCCUGACCACCACGUCUUUCUGCCCCGUUGCCUCGCACGUCCAGCAGUCUCUUCGUCGUAGGGACAUUGCUGCAUAAAUCAAAUGCGUCUUGUCC